AUGGCGAUCAACAACUGGCUCAUGCGCAAGAGCAACCCAAGAUUGUGGUUCGAUUGGAUGCUCCUGAGGGAUAACCCGUACAAGCCCUCGCUAACACAGGAUCUCGAGCGAAUAUCAUCGCAGAAUCUAUGGCAAGGGAGUGAAACAGGGUCGACAUGCAGAGGCCGAAUGCAGGCCUCCCGACGGAUUUUGAAUGCUACCUUAUCUCAGGAACAUGCCGUCGUCCCAGGUGAGAAGAUUCAAUACCCAGAGAUAGGCGCUGUCUCCCACUCGGUCCACAUCGUUGCAUGCUUUGAUGUCGUCCCAUACUCGGCCCUGGCCAUGCAGAAAGUGAUUGUCUGCUUUCACGCAGGCUUCAAGACCUGGUACCGGUCAAACCACCCACGAUAG